CCCGUUCCUAUCGACAAGCUCGGUGUCGUAUAUUGGCAUCUCAACUACGUAAUGACAGCGAUACCAGAUCUAAAAGCGCAAAAGUACGACAGGCAGCUUCGGUUAUGGGCAGCCAGCGGCCAAGCAGCCCUGGAAAACGCAAACGUUUGCUUAUUGAAUGCAACCACUACCGGAACAGAGAUUCUCAAAAAUUUGAUAUUACCCGGCAUUGGCUCUUUCUCGAUUGCAGAUAACGCGAUAGUGAACCAGAAAGACGUUUCAAGCAACUUCUUCCUAGACACUUCCUGCAUUGGAAAGUCAAAAUCUUUAGCAACAGUCGAGUAUUUGCGGGAAUUGAAUGAAGAUGUUAAAGGACACCAUGAUGAAAGGUCUCCAGAAUAUCUUAUUGUAGAGGAACCGUCCUUCUUUGAUCAAUUUACCAUGGUCAUUGCCACGAGUCUUAGCGAUACCCUGGCACUCAAACUCGCAAAUAUUUGUGAGGCCACUAAGACACCAUUAUUCCUGGUUAAAUGCAUAGGGUUUACUGGCAUGUUCAGAAUUCAAGCUGGUGAAAAUACAAUCAUUGAAACCCACCCGGAAAACUCUAGCGAUCUCCGACUGGACAUGCCAUUUCCUACGUUGCUUGACUACGUAAAAGAAUUUGAUUUUGACAAGAUGGAUUCGUCUGAGCAUGGUCACGUACCAUUUGUUGUAGUGUUGCAACAUUAUUUGCAAGUGUGGAAAUCAAAGCAUGACGGAAAGCUACCUUCAUCUUAUUCUGAACGAAAUGAAUUCAAGGAAUUAUUAAAAAAGGGUAUGCGGAGCUAUGAUGAAGAGAAUUUCGAAGAGGCUAUAUCACAUGUUUGGCGAUUAGCAUCUACAUCUGGGGUUCCAAGUGAGCUACAAAGUAUACUAAAUGAUCCAAGCUGUGAAAACAUUACCAAGGAUUCAUCAAACUUUUGGAUUAUUGCCAGAGCAAUUCGAGACUUUGUUCAAAACGAAGGAUCAGGUCUACUUCCUUUACCUGGAAAACUUCCCGACAUGAAGGCUGAUACCAAGGGAUACGUUCGGCUUCAGCAAAUAUAUCGACAAAAGGCGAUUGAGGACUAUGAAGCAAUUAACGCUAGAGUUCAAGGUCUCCUUACAAGUGUUGAAUUACUAUCGGAUGCGAUCGAUUCUAGAGAAAUAGAAGAAUUUUGCAAGUUCGCUUCUCACGUGAAGGUAAUCCGAUACCGCACAUUAGAACAAGAGUAUCUUACCGAGCCAAAUACCACUGCGAUUUGUCAAUGGUUGGAAGAGAGUGAUCCGCAAAACAACAUUGUUCACUACGUGAUGUUUCGAGCAGCAGAUCUGUUUGUAAAAGAAUACGGUAGCCUGAAAGACCGUGACGAAGAGGAGACAGUCAAGCUGUUGGAAGACUGCACAACAAAUGUCUUGACAUCCGUUGGCAUACCCAAUAACAAAGCAGUGGCAUUGACCACCGACCGCCUUAAACCUUGUAUCAUCAACUUUGCUCGAUAUAACGGUGCAGAGCUUCCGAACAUUGCCUCCUUAAUGGGCGGACUUGUUGCUCAAGAGGUUAUCAAGAUCAUCACUCGUCAAUACAUUCCUGUUAAUAAUACCUGCAUUUAUGACGGUAUGAGUGCAACUACUGCAACCUAUGUUCUCUAACUAGGCGAAUUAUAAAAAAAAUAAAACGUUCGUAGCAGUAUUUCGCAUGCAACACUGAAAGUGCUUGUUUGAUCCACGAGGAUGUUUGACUUUUUAA